AUGACGACCCCAAGCACCACCGGAAAACUCCCCCAGGACAGACUGAAACUCUUGUACAACACUCACAUGGUCACCAUCGAAGUCGGCGCCAUCAAAGAGCAUUUCGUCGUCCAUCAAAGCCUUCUCUGUGCGAAGUCGCAAUACUUCAACAAAGCCCUUUCCGGCUCGUUCAAAGAGGCAACCACUCGUUUCGUGCAGCUGCCAGACGUCUCGCCAAUCCUCUUCAGGAUCUUCGUUGCCUGGAUCUAUCAUGACAAACUCAUUUACUCCCCGCCGGACAAGACAACAAUUGAUGAGGACUUCAAGAGCCUCAAGAUUACCGAGGAGGAUCUUGAGCAAGACCCCAUACUCCGCAGCGAACCUCAGAACCAUUCAAGCAACAAAGAGCCCGCCACUUCAAGGGACUCAAGUGAUGAUAUGACUGAACGCUCUAGCGUUGUUGCCGAGUUGGAGGCCUCUGGACCUGACGUUCUCUCGAACCCUGGACCGCCCAAGACAUCCUCUGCAUCUGAUUCUGCUCUUUACAAAGAAGCAGACCCCAACUCCUGGAGCUGUGAUGUCCUGAUCAAAUUAUACAUAUUCGCUGAUCGCUUCGAUGUCCGAAGCCUCAGAGCUGAUUCUCUGGACGCUCUGAUGCACGCCAUAGACAGAGACGCUUCGAAAUUUGGCCUGAGAGACAUUCGGUACAUAUACAUGAACACUUCUGCAAAUUCUCCCCUCAGAAGAUUCGUCGUUCACCACAUUGCAUAUCAUCAUGCUUUCAGCGAAUCUGCUUCUUCGUGGGAGAACUAUCCCGCCGAAUUUUUGGCUGCUCUGGUAGUCAUCAAUGGUCGAAGACUGCCCAUCAAACUCUGUAGAGAUUGCCACCACACAGCAAUAUUACUGAACGGUCUGCAGGGACUCGACAUCGAUGAUGUUUGCGCGGAAGACGACUUCGCACCAUACGAGAAGGAUAGUUGCUUCUACCACGAACAUCUCAACGAAGAAGAACGUAACGUGUGCCGCGUUCGUCGUGCAAGCUAA